GGGGAAUACCUAAAAAUGGCGGACGAAGGCUUUGGAAAAAUUUCUCUAAAUUCUAAACUUUUACGCUAUAUAAAGGCAGCUCAGACAAAAUCAGACAUAUCAGAUGAUCUUAAACAGGAACUAAAGGUCAUAAAAAAUUCUAAAUUUAAUUUAGAUGGCGGUAAACUAGCAAACAUUCCAUUUACGACAGUUAGAAAAUUACACAAAUUUCUUCAACUUGAUUCAUCUUCAGAUGAACCAGUGGUGUAUUUACAUGAACUUCUAGAAGAAAGUGAUAUCUGUUUUCCAAAAUUAGAAGUCCCUGAAAGGAAUCCUGAGUUAGAGGCCCGGAUACAAAGGCUCAAAGGGCAGCAAGCAAAUAGAGAAUAUGCCAAUAUGACAAAGAAUUUAGGAUCAACGGGUCUUUACAGUACCAACAAGGCAGAGCCAUCUUUUGGAGCUGAUGUGAAAGCACUGAACUCCCAGUUGAUAGGUGUUGCUAACUUCCUGAUCACAGUCAUAGCUGGUUUUGCAUUUGGCUACAAGAUUGUCGAGUAUAACAUGGACGUGCCAGACUUUGCCUUGCAACUGUGCAGUGGAAUGAUUUUCGCAACAAUAAUAUUUAUAGCAGACUUGUACUUUUUCAUAAAGAACUAUGCUAUGGAUGCAGAGGAACCUAAAGUCAGAUGAUACACACAUACAUUGCUUGGAAUUAAAGGCAUAACUACAACUUUAAAGCUGAACCUCUAGUACUUCCAUUAUUUGAUAAUUUGGAACCUUGUCAAAUAUGACGUAUAAUGAUUGCAAUUACAAGUAGACUAGUAUUUAUUUUGUGAUUUUUCGAUGAAUAGCUAUUAUCAAUGUGUAGACAUAGAGAUUUGGAUUUGGGUUUAGCUGUAUUUUAAAUUGACUGUUUAACUCUACAUGUAUUAGAAAAGAGUGUGUCAAAAGCAUUUUCAAGCUACUGGUCAAAUCAAUCUGUUGCCAUGUUAUUUUCUCAAAAAGUUAGCCGGCCAAUUUCAAAACAAAAUGGCCCUUUCCUUUGUCGCACCCUGUAAUAAAGGAGUUCACUGCAACUUUGACCAUAUCUGAAUGGGGUUAAAAAUACAAAGUUGAAAGUAAAGUGCAAUAUCAAAUGUCAAUAAAUUAAAUGUAUAAAUGUACAGAAGAACUUGUAAAUAGAAUACUGUAUUUGUAUGACAAAUGUUUAUUUAUAAGAAAAUAAAAUGAAGUCAACUUGAAAACCAUGUUGCUUUACUCUUAAGCUAGACCUUUAAAUCUCUGAUUUUAAGGACAAAAUAUAUGAUUCUUGUAUUCAUCUAUGGUUAAAAUUGCAUGUAAAAGUCAGAGGAUGUUAUUUUUAUCCCACAUUUCCAUAUUUUCCGUAGUGUAUGUAGAUAUAUAAACCAUCCUAAAGAUGUUUGAACACAUUUAUAAAAUGUAUUACAUUGACAGUGUCUCCAUAUAAACACUGAAGAUAAACACUAUCAGGGGAGUAAGAGAAUUUAUGAAAAUUUGAUUAAUGGUGUAUUCCAUAUUCAUUUAGCUAACUUGUUGAACAAACAUCUACAGUUUUAACGUCAGGGUAAGAACUAGAAGUGAAUCCAUCAUGACGCCCCUCACAAUGUAAUAAUUCUGGUUUUCUAUCGCACAUAGGACACAGUUCAUUCCUCACUUUAGAUGAUCUCAUCCAUAUUAUCAGAUUAUAUCGUUCUCCGUCAGAAAUCGGCAGCGCACCAUGCAUGUGCUGCCCCCUAUGGAGUAUCCCAAUUGUUGGUUUGUUUUUGAUAAUUGAAUAUUUUUGAGUUUCUGUGUUAUGCUGUCUCAUUUUACCAAAAUAUAGUUGUCCAUCUUGAAAAUCUUUUCCAAGGUUUAUAUUUAGUGUAACCUCCGCAUUGUCGUAAUG